CUUGUUGUCGAUUUCGUAUGAUUCAUUAUAGUUUUUGUGUAUUAUUUAGGAAAUAAAAUACAUUACAGAUAUUCAAACAUUAUGGAGCUUCAAGAUACUUAUUACAAUAAAUCAGAAUAUGUAGAAACUGCUUCGGGAAAUAAAGUAAGCAGACAAACAGUACUAUGUGGAUCUCAAAACAUUGUUCUACACGGGAAGGUAAUAGUUCAAAGUGAUGCAAUUAUUAGAGGAGACUUGGCCAAUGUUAAAACUGGAAGGUUUUGUAUAAUAAGCAAAGGCUCUGUAAUAAGACCUCCUUUCAAGAAAUUUAGUAAGGGGGUUGCCUUCUUUCCUUUACAAAUGGGAGAUCAUGUGUUUGUUGGUGAGAACACAGUUGUGAAUGCUGCAGUUGUCGGAUCCUAUGUCUAUAUUGGGAAGAAUGUUGUUAUUGGUCGAAGAUGUGUCCUAAAAGAUUGCUGUAUGAUUGAGGACAACUCCGUACUACCAGCUGAGACAGUGGUGCCCUCAUUUGCAAGAUACUCAGGCAGUCCAGCUCGCCUCAUAACCACACUACCAGAAGCAAUGCCAGAUCUCAUGACAGAAUUCACUAAGAGACCAUAUGCUGCAGAAUAUGCUCCACAAUACUUGGUACCAAAGCAAUCAGCAGAGUAUGAGGUGCGGUCCAGUGUGCUGGUGGAUGGGGGAGACAGGUUUGGGGUGUCCGCUGUGGUGUUUGACAAGUAUGAAGAGCUGAUAUGGAUGGGUAAUCAGGGAGGCCAUGUAACAUCAUACUAUGGGCCUGCAAUGCAAAAGUACACAUCUUUUCAAGUACAUGAGUCGGAAGAAGUGAGAGAUAUCAUAACUGUUGAACAAGGUAUAUUUGCACUUACAAAGACAACUUUAAGACAUCAGAUACGAAGAGGGAUACCGAAACGGACUUUCAAAUCACCUAAUAUGACAGAUAUGCAAUGCCUCUUCCAAGUGAGUGCUACUAAAUUGAUGAUGGGGGGACAUCAGAACAAAUUAAUUGACUUAGAUCUCAACAGAAUGAGUGAAACUGCUAUUCCUAUCCAAGAAGAAGGUUGCGCAGUACUGCGUAGUGGUGGUGGUUCGUUAGUGGCGUGUGGUAGUGCCAAUGGAAUGGUCGCCUUACGGGACAUCCGGACCCCAACCACAGCCGAACAUACCUUUACAGCACACUCUGCUUGCCUCUCCGACUUGGACAUGCAAGGAGAUUUACUUAUAACUUGUGGAUUUACGCAAUCCGUGGGUAUGGCAGUAGCAGAGCCCUACGUGUUAGUAUGGGACGUUCGUUGUCUACGUGGCAACAGUAAGCCGGGUGAAGGUGCCUGGUCACUGCCCACAGUGUCGCCGCCAUUGUUACUGCACUUCCUGCCCGCGUUCUCCGGCAGAGCAGUCGCUUUGUCCGGCGACGGCCAUGUUGCUUUAUUACAUGUUAACGCGCCUAAUGCCACUGAUCAUUCUGUCUUUCAGGUGGACACUCAAAGUUCACAAUGCAGUGUAAUGGAUGUAUCCUCCACAAGUCAAGCGCUAGUGUUCGGUGACCAAUCCGGACAUCUUCACUUGUUCUCCCCUCAACACAACCAUGAACCAGUCUUUAAUAACUUUUCCAGAGCAACAGAGUUCGCGGAUCAAGUGUUAGGUAUUCCAUACGUUGGGUUCAACGACACCACAUUCCAAUUCUCCACUGUUCCAUUACCUCCCCUGACUUCGGGCACCAAAUGGUUCAACGAAUUACCUGAAGAAUUCUUCAAGAGAAUAUACAGGAAACCGAAACAGAUAGAUCCAGAAGUACUUAAGUCCAUGAAAAUGCAAGGGCCUAUUGGGUAUGCGCCGAAUCCUAGAUCUUUUAAAAGGAAUCAGAUGCCGUACAUAGAAGACAAUUUCGACGAUUUGAAUUCUUCAAGACAGAAUGAAAAUAAAUAUGUCGCGCAACCCAUUCCUAAGCACUAUCAAAAGAUAGACAUACGCUACAAUAAGCAUGGCCCGAACGAGGAGCUAGAGAAGCUGAAUAGAACAGGUCUUCCAGGGUUAGAGACUACGUUACCUAACUCAUAUUGCAAUUCUAUGUUGCAGUUGGUAGCUAUUGUGGACUAUGCUGUAGUCAGCAAAAUCAAUGCAAUAAAAUAUACAAACACUGUGUAUAAUAAGGUUUUAUAUUACACAUUGCCGGUUAAGGCGACCCUCUUAGCACAUACAUGUGCCAAAGAAUUUUGUCUCAGUUGCGAAUUGGGGUUCCUUUUCAGAAUGUUAGAUACGUCUGGUGGUGCGCCGUGUCAGGCUAAUAACUUCCUUCGCGCGUUCCGUACUGUACCUGAAGCGGCCGCGCUGGGGCUUAUAUUGCCAGAUAGAGGACCGGAUUCCAGGGUCGAUUUGGUUGCUUUGAUACAGAUUCACUACGAAAUACUGGAGACUCGAAAAAAAGAAAAAGCUCUAUUAGUGAACAGUCCCCCGAAACCAGUACGGAUGCCAGCUUUGAACGUGAAGAGACCUGCUCCACAAGGGAACCAGGUCAAUGGGCAGUUUUCUGAGGAAUAUCAGUACACGGAGUUGGAGUUCUUGGGACCGGCUACUGAGUUUGAAGGUAGUGAAGAGUUGAGGGAAGAAGGGUGGACGGCUCGGGAGGAUGGUGCAGGUGAUGCAGAUUCAGUUCCAGUGGAUAAUCAUGAGCUGCCAACUAACCAGCAAGCGGAUAGAGAAGAGUCAGAGAUAUCACAACUCUUCGCCAUCGGGAGACAUCAGCUCAACCGGUGUAUGAAGUGUAACAAGGAGGAAGGCCGGGAAUCCGUAGUGUUGGCCUGCGCUCUCCAGUAUCCCACAGCAGUCCGGGAAGGUCCGGAGCCCCGGGGUGGGUUCUUGGAACUAGUUCGCGCGUCACUAGCGGCGCGACGUAGUACGCCGGCGUGGUGCGAGCAUUGUUCCAGGUUUACACCUACUGUACAACGGGGGAGAAUCGUUAGAUUGCCACCGAUACUAGCAAUAAAUUGCGGUGGUGCUACAGUUCGAGAGAAGGCCUAUUGGGCUAAAGGCGCCCAGAAAGAGAUGCCGGAGAUGAAGCGAGGUGGCGGUGGUAAGCCGUGUCGAUAUGGACUACACUGCGCUCGACCAGGCUGCCAUUUUAAACACCCAGAGAGGCCUAGUCCCCAAGCAGGGUCAUCAAAGACACCUGCGCAGGAAUCGAACUGCGUUUUACCGCAACAGCUACUUAUAAGACUGCAAUCUGAUGGUGACGUUGUAAUUAAUGAUAAGGUGGAAUCCCCAACAGACCCACAUACACCGAACAAUAGGGCUGACAAGCAUAAGAAAAAGAAUGUAACUACACAAUCCGAAGAGGAAUAUACCCUGUCCGCAGCCGUAGUUUGUAUUGAGGACAACCCUAAGAACUUGGUUGCGUACAUACAAACAGCGGGGAAAGAUGUCGAGCCUGUUUGGUACUUGUUCAAUGAUUUGAGUAUUGUCCCAGUGAGUGCAGACGAAGUGGUGCAGUUCGGCGCGUGGUGGAAGACUCCGUGCGUGUUGUUCUACACAGCCGGCGCCGCGCGCGCCCCGCCGCCGCGCUCAUAGCACGCGCUACUGUAUGGACCGCGGGGCUACGGUGCUAUCGUGAGUCCAUACGUAAUGAGCGAGAUGUACUACUCCGUAUCGACUGCGACGCAGGCGCAAUACAACUUCGUUCAAUAAAUUCCAAUACAUUGUAAGCUCAAGGAAACGUUCGGCGGCACAAAAUUGUGUGAACAAAUGUAUGAACUGAAAUUAUUAAUUAGUAUGUGUAAAUUAUGGCGAUUUUAGCUAAACGAUAUCCUGGUUUGAUGAAGAUGUUGAACUAAAUUAGUGUAAGCCUUUGGUUAAUCAUAAACUAUUAUAGUGUAAGGAACCAAUGAGGGUUAACGUUUUUGUUGUCAAGUAU